AUGCAGCGGAGGAAGUACUUCCGGUUGGUCCGCGGAGCGUCUAGUCCAGACACUCAGGGCAAUGUCGAAUCUUUGAGACUUGGCGAGGGUGCUAAUCUUGACGAUUUCCGCGAGGUGCUGCUCAGUAAACGCGCCGAGUUGCAGCUCUCACCAGUGCUUCGCGCUUCCGCCAUCAAAGUGUUCGUGAACAACGAAGCUCGGACGCCUAUCGAUCGCAAGCAGACUUUUGAUGACUAUGGAGAGAAUUACGAUGAUCCGCUCAUUGUGCGAGUGCCGGAAGUAUGGUAUCAAUUGGAAGAUGCUAGUACACGCGCUGCAUUCGCGGGCACCCGACCACGUCCAGCCCCGCUCCCAGAAGAGGACACUGUUGAAGCUCUACUGAAUGUCGCUUAUGAUGCAAAUCGCGAUGUUCUAGCAGGGUUUGUACCAUCUCAGCUCGUGGCUUACGAGAACCAAGCAUCUGCAGACGCAAACGAUCCGUUGAGUGUCACGUUAACGCUCACCUCGCGUGGCCGAACAAGGGAGACACCGCUCAUCGUGAAAGUGGCCCCAACGAGACUUCCCAUCGACAUUGGAGAAGAGCAGAACGAGAGCGAACGACAGGAACUCCAGCGCUAUCAGGAGCAAGGAGAUCUGAUCGCUGUCAACUGCAAGGACUACUGCGAUCAAAUUCUGGACAAGGUUGACUACUACUACAAGUAUUACGACGGCAAAACACUCCCAUUCAUCUGUGUGCAAGGGUCGUCGGGCAUGGGGAAAUCCCAACUAGCAUUUGCGUUGGGAGGGCGCCGACCGUACUUCUACUGGCUUGGGGUUAGCGGUGGUGUCGGCGGUCAAGUGCUGUACGGUAAUUUUACGUCGAUAUCGACAGCCUUUCUUCAGUGCGUGCGCCUGGAUCAACCAAACGAUGCGAAAACGAACGAUGUUCUUGACACCUCGUCGAGAUUCUACGGUCGAGACUUGUGGACUUGCGGAUUCCUUCGUGCGCUACUGGAGCAUUGCGACUUGAGUACCUCGAAAAUGAUCCGGUUUGAAGAGCCCGUUACACUUCAGGUGGAAAAGUGCAAUCAGAAAGCUGUGCGUACUGUGAUUGACAAAGUCAAAAAGAAAGGUAAACAAGUGCCCUUCUUCGUGUUGGAUGAGAUGGCGCCGGAUUCGAGAGGGGGUACGAAUGAGGCUGCGUUUCAGCGUAACGUCUUCCGUGUUUGUGGCCUCUUGGUGAUGGUCAUGGGAACGGACUCCAAAAUCACCAAUUUGGUUAACCAUUCUCAUGGCAGCUCCGGGUCGCCGCACCAGUGGAUGUCGGUCGUUCCACGAUUUCCGAGUUAUCAAAUCAUGCUCUUUACUCCGACGGAGAUGGAACUUUGGCCGAGAGUUUCGGCGCGGUAUCCUGUCGUGGAUAUCAUUGUGCGGCGGUCGCGUGGUAGAUUUUCGAGGUCGUUCAUCGUCGGUGCGGUGGAGUGCUUCCAACGAGACUUCAGCAUUGAGCUUAGUGAUUUGCUCGACGCGGCAUUCUCCCAUGUUUGCAGCGAUGCGCACAAGACGAAAAUGUUUCUGAAACCAAUUGGCGGUAAAGUUUCUCAGCUUGUGGCGAUCUCUUACACGAACGCAGUGGGUGAUGUAGAAGAUUCGACGGCGAUAACUUCCGUGAAUACAAUGGGCGUGGGUGGACCAGCGUUGAAGAAACGGCGUGUACAAGUGAAGUCCUCCGGUAUGCACGAACAUUUUGCAAACUUGGUCGACGAGGAGAUUACAGAUGUGGCGGUAUCGGCACAACAAUUGAUGAUAGGAGACGUUGCUUGGGAGCCUAAAUGCAGUUUUGCCUCAAUUGUCGACGACAUGCUGCUGUAUCUUGCAAUAUUGGGCGGCAAGACCUAUCCGAGCUACUACGACCGAGUUAGUGGCACUUAUCACUCAACCAAGCAGAUCUUCUCGAUCGUAAAUCCCGACGAGUAUGUAAUCCAUGAAAACACGCAAGCCCCGACCCUCGAUUUCAAGAGAUAUGAGAACAUGGUAGCUCACGCAAUUUUCAGUUCGUCGCGAAGAAAUGGAGUGCGAGGGAUUCCGUUCAGCGACUUUUUGCCUUGCUUCCUUGGUGAAUUUGAGGAUAAGAUCUGGAUGAAAGAGGUUUUGAUGGUGGUGGAAACAGAAUCCGAUUCAAAUGGCCGACUAAUUGACGCGAGCAACUUGUUGGAAGGUUACGAUGCCGGAGGCCUAGCAGAGAGAACGAUUCCGUUUCUCGCUCCCCCCAACACUGAGUGGCCGCAGCCCAUUCUUGACACCAAUACUGAUGGUGGUUGCAAGUUUGGUCAUUUGAUUCGCACCGUCAACGAGGAAAGAUGCGAUGUGUACGUGCAGGAUUUGGCCAAGAAAGAGAAGGCCAUGUUUGUUUGCGAGUGCAAGUACCGGGAGGAGAAAAUCGAUGUCGGUGUGGUGACAGGUAUCCUUGAUGGCCUCCAAAAAAGGUGGGGCGAAGAGUGGAAGGUUGUGGUGGUGAUCUGCACAGAGCUUACAAAUUUUCGCGCGUGGAAGCGUCAGAACAUUGGCUGUGUGAAAUUCAAGCGGAGCAAGCGUGCUGGAAGGAUGAUCGCCAACUGGGUUUUCCAGCCGAAGCCGAAGGAGCGAGUGAAGCUGGCGAUCAUAAUCCAGACGGGGCUGAUAACGUGA